UGUUUACUGCUUAUGUCGCUCUAUUUUUAGAAAAGGAUGAGAAAACGAGGUGUUGGAGUUGCUGCAGUAAAAAACAAAUCAUUAGCAGAGGCUCGUUACAAAAACAAAGGCAAUGAGCUGGAGCAAAGCCAAAUGGCUGAGAUGGCCAAACAAAUGGAAAUGUUCAAAGUGAACUUAGAAGACUUUGCUGCUAAACACAAAGAUGACAUUAAAAAGGACCCACAGUUCAGGGUCAGCUUCCAGGAGAUGUGUGCCUCCAUAGGAGUGGACCCACUGGCCUCUAGUAAAGGUUUCUGGGCAGAGAUGCUGGGUGUGGGAGACUUUUACUACGAGCUGGGAGUACAGAUAAUUGAAGUGUGUAUGGCAACCAAUCAUAGAAAUGGAGGAUUAAUCAGUAUAGAGGAAUUAAGGGACAAAGUAACAGCCUCCAGGGGAAAGAAAAGCCAGCCCAUUAGUAUAGAUGAUCUCUUGCGUGCAAUAAAGAAGCUGAGGAUUCUGGGUAAUGGUUUUACUGUGAUAGCCCUCGGAAAGAGUUACAUGGUGCAGAGUGUACCAGGGGAGCUAACUAUGGAUCACACCAAACUACUGCAAGAAGCUCAGAGUGAUGGAUUUGUGUCCAAGAAAUCGUUGAUGUCUUCUUUGAAGUGGGAAGAAGAGCGUGCUUCCAGAGCCUUGGACUACAUGGUAAAGGAAGGCCUAGCCUGGGUAGAUGACCAAGCAUCAGACAGUAGACAGUACUGGUUCCCCAGUUUUUUCCCAGAAAUCUCCUCUGUCACAUGAUGUCGUUCUGUAGACUUUAGCAAAUACUGUUUCGGAUAUACAUUAUUCAUGUUUGUUGCACUACAUGCAUGCAGUCGAUGGACAGAGAUAAAUUUCCAUUAAUUUAAUUUUGAUUCUGUAAAUUGAUUACCUUCAGUUCCUAUAUAUUUUUAUUAAAAUUAAAUCACAGAAAAAUGUUCUAGUAUACAGGACAGCUUCACUUUUAACAUAAUUUCUGCAAUUGGUUCCAUCUACUACAGAUACAUUGAUUUUAUGUUCUCAAAGCACGUAAAACAGUUUUUUGUAAAAAUGUGCUUUUUUUAUGAAUCAACCAUUGAUUAAAAAGAAAGAUUGUUACACUAAA